CUUGAAUUGAUAAGGGCAAGGUAUGUCAGCUUCCCCAAUUUCUACGAGUAGCAUAUACUACGCAAUACUCCUAUCUCAACCGGUGAACCGACUCAGGAAAAAAUAGGGUUUAAAUAGCUCACUUUCCCUCAUUUAUGUCUCUCUUCCAAAACUAGGGUUUAUCUUCUCUUUGAGCAGCGCUUGAUUUCGAUGGCGAAGAAGAAAGCGGAUAAACCCAAACAUUCACUGGAUGUCAACAGAGCGAAUAAAAAUGGGAGCGGCAGCAAUAAGCGUACCGCCGCCACUGUUCGGCGUCUCAAGAUGUACAAUACUUGCCCCGAGAGGAAUGCAGAAGGCAAAAUUUUGCGCAUCACAUUUGGUUCCGACAAAAAACCUGACACUCGUAUUCAACCUGAUCGUCGAUGGUUUGGGAAUACGCAUACUAUCGAUCAGGAGAAGCUUGAAUAUUUGCGUAAGGAGCUCCGUAGUCGUUUGUCAAAUAACUACGAAUGCGUUCUCAAGGGAAAGAAUCUCCCCAUGUCCCUUUUAAAUGAUCUUCCCAAGCAACAAAGAGUACAUCUUCUUGAUACAGAGCCUUUUGAAGAUGUUUUUGGAAAAAAAGGGAAGCGGAAACGCCCAAAGCUUCUGGCUUCUGAUUAUCAGUCUUUGGUGCAGAAAGCUGAUAGUUUACAAGAUAAAUUUGAGCAGAAAAAUGAAGCCAGGCUUUCUACCGAAGGAGAUGAAGAGGAUGGAUUCCGUGAUUUGGUUCGACAUACAAUGUUUGAGAAGGGUCAAAGCAAACGUAUAUGGGGUGAACUAUAUAAAGUCAUUGAUUCUUCAGAUGUUGUUGUUCAAGUUUUGGAUGCCAGAGACCCACAAGGAACACGGUGCUAUCAUUUAGAGAAGCAUUUGAAAGAAAACUGCUCACAUAAGCAUAUGGUGUUUCUGUUAAAUAAGUGUGAUCUGAUUCCAUCUUGGGCUACAAAAGGAUGGCUUAAGGUACUGUCCAAGGAAUUCCCAACCAUAGCUUUCCAUGCUAGUGUCACUAAGCCUUUUGGAAAGGGUUCACUCCUUUCAGUUCUGAGGCAAUUUGCACGAUUGAAAAGUGACAAACAAGCAAUAUCCGUGGGUUUUGUUGGCUAUCCAAAUGUUGGAAAAUCAUCAGUCAUCAAUACAUUACGUACUAAAAAUGUUUGCAAGGUUGCUCCAAUACCCGGGGAGACUAAAGUUUGGCAAUAUAUCACGCUUACCAAGCGGAUAUAUCUGAUAGACUGCCCCGGUGUUGUCUAUCAGAAUAGCGACUCAGAGACAGAUAUUGUUCUGAAGGGAGUGGUGCGAGUUGCAAAUUUACAUGAUGCUGCUGAACACAUUGGAGAAGUGUUAAAGCGUGUUAAGAAGGAGCACUUGGAAAGAGCAUACAAGAUUAGGGACUGGGUGGAUGAGAAUGAUUUUCUCCUGAAACUUUGCAAGUUAACAGGCAAGCUUUUGAAGGGCGGAGAACCAGACUUGAUGACUGCAGCAAAGAUGGUCCUUUUUGAUUGGCAGAGAGGCAAAAUACCCUUUUUCGUUCCCCCACCACAGCAGGUAGAUGAUAAAUCGGAGGAGCCAAAUGUUACUGGUGAUGAUAAAAAAGGCGAGACAGAGACCGAGGAAGAUAAAGAGAAGUCAUCAUCAGCCAUGAAAGCUAUUGCUGAUGUUCUUUCAUCUCAGCAGCUGGAAGAUGUCCCAGUUCAGACUGAUCUAUUUAGCGACAAUGAACUCAAAGGGGAGGUGUCUCAACAAACUGCGAAUGCAGAAUAGUUUUGUUUUAGUAUUUGUGCACACUAUUUUAGUCAACAUUAAUAACAUUAUCAAGAUGACCUAUAUAUUAUGUUUUUAAAGUUAAUUUAUCCCUUUUGUAAUAGAGUUAUUAUCCUUUAUCAUAUAAAGAUGGACAUUCUUCUAGAAGUAAUAAUUUGAAUUUUGAUUGUUAA